GCAACUCUGUUAGUCGGUCGUUAUGGUGUUUUCGUAUAAAUCAGAUUUAGUGCUCAAAGCAAAUAUUGUUAUAAUUAUUGUGCUGUUAAAAACGUCCCAAGUUUUGGGUAAGAAAAAUUUUUCUAUCUCAAUGGCAUCUAUAUUUUCGUGCAACUUCGAGGUCUUUGGAGUAGUUCAAGGCGUUUUCUUUCGCAAGUACACAGAAAAACAGGCAAAUGAACUGGGAGUGCGCGGUUGGUGCAAGAACACCGCAAAAGGCACAGUAAUAGGUGAAUUGGAAGCUCCUCUAGGACCGCUUAACGAAAUGAUGGAUUGGCUCCGGAACAAAGGUAGUCCCGAAUCGAAGAUUGACCGGGCAGAAUUUUCGCCACUUCAAGAAAUUGCCAGCUAUAACUUCAACAACUUCAGAAUAAUACGUUAGUCAGAACCAACAUUCUAUCUACAAAUCGUAAAACACAUUGGGAAACUUGCAACAUUUGACCUUGCAACGAGGAACAAAAGCACACAAAACAAGUGAUUUUUUUCCUUUAUUUUAUUCAUAUCAAUGACAAGUUUUACAAAUACCUUUCCCCAAGUUUAUUAGUACUAACUUGUAGAGUUAGGUUCCUUAAUAUUUAAUCCAUUUACAUUCUUAACCAUAAGUUCACCUGGAAUGUGUAGGAACAAGAAGAAAUCCUAUCCUAAUGAUACUUAAGCGAUGCCUAAAAAAUUAAAAGUCAAGAAAUAGCAUAAUAUAA